AUGGAUAGCUCGUCAGGUGAAUGCGUAACACCAUGUAAAUCACCGCCCACUUCACAGAGCUCUGUUGAGAGCAUUGCAGAGGAAGUCGGCGCUCUCCACGAGAGCUCAGAAGAGAAGCAGAAUUCCUCGAAGCGGCAAAUCACCCAUGGAUCUCGCUCACAAGGGAAACGAUAUGCCAGAAGUCCCAGCAACGAUGGCAAGCCUCCACAGUCUUGUUGUCAGUUUUGCUCUCCGUGUCAAGGUUUCCAAGCAAUGUCCCGUCGGUGUCAACGCAAUGCACUUCUUCAAUUGAUCAGUACUUGUGGACUGCAGCAUGUUCGCCAUGUUCGCCAGCUGAUAGAACCUCAUUUUCAGAAGGAUUUUCUUUCACAUCUACCUGUGGAGCUUGCAAUUCAAAUUGUCGCAAAUCUCCCAAUGGCUGACAUAGUCCGUGCUGCUCGGGUUUCUCGCUUCUGGCGUGACAUAUGUGAAGAUGACCGCAUGUGGCGUUUGAAA